GUCCGUUUUCAGAUGUGGUCACCACAAAUCUUAAGCUCUCCAACCCUACAGACAGGAAUGUAUGCUUUAAAGUCAAGACGACAGCGCCGCGCCGGUACUGCGUGCGGCCAAACAGUGGUAUAAUCGAUGCAGGCACCUCAAUCAAUGUCUCAGUUAUGCUUCAGCCGUUUGAUUACGAUCCUAACGAGAAGAGCAAGCACAAGUUUAUGGUCCAGUCCAUGAUAGCGCCUCCUGACAUGACUGACAUGGAAGGAGUGUGGAAGGAGGCAAAGCCAGAGGAACUGAUGGACUCAAAGCUGAGGUGUGUUUUUGAGAUGCCACAGGAGAAUGAAAAAACGCAUGACAUGGAGUCUAACAAGAUGUCAGCCAACUUGCUGAAGUCGGAGUCCUCCACGCUUUCUUCAAAGUCCCUGAGCUCCACCCUGGAUGACGGCGAAGUAAAAAAGAUCAUGGAGGAGUGCAAGAGGCUGCAGAUGGAGGCUCAGAGGCUACGGGAAGAAAACAAACAAAUUAGAGAGGAUGAUGGUCUGAGGAUGAGGAAGAGUAACAUCAUGUCAUCCCAGCAUGCCUCAGUCGCCAUGAAGAAAGAGGAAGGGUUGAGCGCCCGCACAGUGGCCCUCAUCGUGCUCUUCUUUCUUGUUGGCGUCGUGGUGGGCAAGUUGGUCUUGUAGAGCUCCGGUGCGGUCGGCUGCAGCAUGUUUUUGGUGGAAGAAAACAAACACAGGAUGUGGGAUUUUUUUUCCAUCAAAAUGCCAUACCUGCUGGGUGUGUGUUGGGAGGGGGGCGUGGUACUAGUUUUGAUUCAGUCCCAUUUAUGUAAAAAGAAUAAUUAAAAUGGUAAUUUAUGAAAGAAAAGUGGAAUAAAAUGACUCACCGUCUUAUGAACAACAGCAACAAAAAAAGAAAAAAAAACUGUUACGGUCUUGCCUCUGCGUAUUCAUCACAUAAUCAUUCUGGCCUUUUGUUCCCCAAAGUUUUCUGUACACAAAUGAUUUUUUUUGGGUGAUUUAAGGGGCAUUGUAAACAUGAUUCAACUCUAGUGAUACUGAUUAAAGGAUUUUCUAACACAGAUGAGGUGCAGUUGGUUUGCAACUGUGCGAAUGUUAUUUUAAUGUAUAGCUGUUUCUUUUUCUAAAUGACGCACGCCAGAGCCAAUGUACACAAAUAUGUAAUGGUUCCACUGUAUAAAAUCUGAUGUUCCUUUCAGCGAAACCCUCUUUAAGGAUGGGAUUUACCACAGAGAUGAUCCAAGCAGUCAGGCUAUCGCACUGUCUUCUCCAGUCAAAGGCCUUAAAAAAAUCCUGGCUUUGAUUGUGAAACAUGGAUCAGUGUAUAAAACACUAACACAGGAUGUUUUCUUUUCUUGUGCCCCCACCCCUUUUCUUUUUUUUUUGUUUACCCUACCUUCCCUCUGUCACUCAGUUCUCACCACAUCCCUUCUUGUCAGAGGGGGGAUGCUUGCAUGCGUUCACGAGUGUUGCAACGGGACUUUUGAAUCAAAUUUAAUUGCUUUUCUAAUGGUGAAAAUGUCAUUUGACUGUAGGUUUGCACAACUACAUUGUUAUAUUUUCAUUAUUUUGUUUGUGUUUUGUUGUGGUUUUAUUAUUAUUAUUAUUAAUAUUAUUAUCAUUAUUUUUGUAAGAAUGACUGCAGUGAUCAGAUGCGAGGGUUACCGGUAGAUAAUCUGAUGUAAAUUCAGAGGACUGUUUUGCUUUGUUGACUUGUUGGGGAAAGUUUUUUCUAUGCUGAGAUGCAUUUACAGUACAUGACCAUACGCAGUGGAAAGAUGGCUCCAUUUCCCUCGCAUCAUCAUCAAGAUCCUGAUACAGCGUCCGAACCAGUUAGUUUUGGUGCAGCUUCCCAUGCAUUUGUCAACUCUUCGUUUUAUUUGUGUCAAAUGUGUGUGAGAAAUCAUCUGAAUGUGUUCGGCUGCCUUCGCUCGCUCUCCACUGAUUGUGUUCAGUUUUUUGUUGUUGCUGAUUACUGUCAAAUUAUCUCUGAGUUUGGAUAGUAAACAUUUUAUUACACCUGAGCCUAAGAGUGUCUGAGAUCUUCCAGCAGCAGUGUUUUUUUCCUCUCUCUCUCUCUCUGAAGUAAGAGCAGGAAAUGUAUAACGAGUAGCUAUAAUUUGAGGGGACCACAUGAUUCUGACACUGUACUUUUUUUUCCCCCAGAUCAUCCAAAAAUAAAAAAAUACACGUUUUGUCAAAUCAUUUAAUCUCCAAAUGUUGCAUAAGGAGGGGAAUAGAGUGGUUUUCUGCUUUGCAUUCUUUAAAAACAAAACAAAAACAAGCAGUCUGUGAUAUUUCCAUCCUGCUGUAUGCAAACAAGAGUUUAACUGUUGAGAAAAACCUUCAGCUUUUCACAUUUGCUGAAAAUAACACGUUCUAUCUUUUCCUGUAUAAGGGACGGAAAGUUAAAAUAAACCUGUGUGUGUUUCUACUGUAUCUGUGGAGUUUUUGGGUUGAGGAUGACUUGCUGUUUAGGUGGAGGGCAGAGCAGAUUGGAGCUACGUUCUAAAAUUGGGGUAUCAUUGGUCGUUCUUGGCGUAUCCAAGCAUUUCGGACAAAGAUCACACUGUAAAACACAGGAUCUUUGCCUCUGAUGAAGUAAAUUUGACUACUUUGGUGUGUCAGGUCAAAAAAGAUGUGUAAGCACGGAUCAAUUCAGCCCUGGUUCUGAACUUGUUCUACACAGACGUGGCGGGAUUCUCAGGCCAUCACCGUGAUCAAUGUAAGCAGUCAAGAAGCUGUUUUGUUUGUAUAUAAAUAAAUAAGUCUAUCUGAGGUGAUGAUUAAUAUUCCUAGUUAAGUAGUCUGGUGUAAAAAAAUAAAAGAAUCAACCCAACCUGGUUGAACUAUGUAGCAUCUUAAUAAAUUAAAUGAAUAAAACUCCUUCCUAAC